AUGUUAAAAUCAUUUACUUGCAUGUAUGAAAUGUGCUAUAGAGAAAAUGAAAUAGUGGAUUAUAAACAUUUAAAUUUGAUCGAAUUAAAUUUAGAAAUUAUGUGGUUAUCAUUUAAACAUUUGAAAACUAUAUUAUUUAGUUUACCAAAAUUAAAAUUAUUUAAGAUUGUUGCAUGUCACCUAUUCAGAGCAGAAAAAGACUUUAUAAUGUUACAAAAUUGGCAUGAAUUAUUUAAAGGAAAUGAUCUAUUAUUAAAAAAUUUAAAAAAAUUUCAAUGUAAUAUAAAUGUAUGUCCAGAAGAUCAGUAUAGAUUCAGAGCCGAAGAAAAUGAACAAUUUAAUAUGUUAAUUGAAAAUAAUAAUAAUAAAUUUAUAUCAGAAAUCAAAUUUAUAUAUACUGAUGGUAUUUUAUGUCGUUUAUAUACAGACUGA